UCUUCAUUUCAACACAGUAUAGUAAUUAUUUCGAAGUCCAACCUAAUUUACCAGAGUUUCGCUCCCAAUUAACGCCAAUCUUCGGCGGAGCUGCCUGAGAAUUGAAAUUCCCGGCCAAUCAUGAUGCGACAUCGUUUCUACAUUCUUCUGUUCUUCCUUUUGUCAUCCAUUCUCCUCUCGAGUUGGGUGAAUAAUAAUGUAGCAAAGGCUGAGGUGAUAACCCUAGCCGCCGAUACUUUCGACGACAAGGUGAAGGAGAAAGAUACAGCAUGGUUCGUGAAGUUUUGUGUCCCUUGGUGUAAGCAUUGUAAGAACUUGGGAACAUUAUGGGAGGAUUUAGGUACAAUAAUGGAAGGCGAGGAUGAAAUAGAGAUUGGAGAAGUUGACUGCACGACUAAUAAACCAGUGUGUACAAAAGUUGAUAUUCAUUCAUAUCCUACGUUCAAACUAUUCUAUAAUGGAGAAGAAGUUGCAAAAUACCAAGGACCUAAGGAUGUUGAGUCACUAAAAGCAUUCGUUUUAGAAGAAGCAGAAAAGGCAGCUACAAGAGCACAACUUGAGAAUGAUGGCGAGCUGUAACUAAUUUAACAGUAUUUUGGUACAGUUUGGAACUUCUUACUCGAAAGAUAUUGGCCUUGACGUCAAAAGCAGGGUUGCAUUUGAUGGACGCUCGCAAGUUAUUUAUCUUGGAAAUCUUAUUACAUUACAUAUGCAUACAUGAUUUUCCUUCGAGGGGUUAUUUGGUGUAUCAAAAUUGCGCAGCUAAUUAUUGUUUUGUUAAGAAUCUUGGAGAAAGGAAAACAUUGACAUUUUGUAUUGCUAAUUUCACCUUGUUGAAGAUACAUUCCUUGAUGAAUCACUCAAGUUUCAUGUUGAGAGAUUGAAUUUGCUCCUUCACAUU